AUGUCUACCUUCCACUCUGGACCCCCACCAGACACCUACACAGCAAACCGAUCGCCCAAGGAUGCGAUCACCAAAGCGCUCCACACCACACUAAAUCAUCUGGAGAACCUGGGCAGCUACAUGAGUAUGCUCUCCCUGGACUGCAGCUCAGCAUUUAAUCACAUCAUCCUGGAUAUCCUGGUCCGGAAACUGUCUCACCUGGGUGUCCCCACCCCCAUCUGCCUCUAG